ACAUAAUUAAAAAAACGUUAGAUUUUUUAUAAAAAAAAACUUAGGGAAUUCCGUUUUCCGACUAGUUUGGUGAAUUCGUGUGUGCUGAGUGUUGCCAACUUCUCUUACAUUUGUGAGACUUGUCAAAAGUGUUACAAAAAUGGCCAAGCGUACGAAGAAGGUCGGAAUUGUCGGAAAAUACGGAACCCGUUAUGGGGCCUCCCUCCGUAAAAUGGUCAAAAAAAUGGAAAUUACUCAACACAGCAAGUAUUCCUGCAGUUUUUGUGGCAAGGAUGCCAUGAAAAGGAGUUGUGUAGGGAUUUGGUCCUGCAAAAGGUGCAAACGUGUGGUAGCAGGAGGCGCUUGGGUCUAUUCUACCACAGCAGCAUCGUCUCUCCGAUCAGCCGUUCGUCGUCUCAGAGAAGUUAAGGAACAGUAAUUUUUUUAAUUAAUAAAAUACUUAAAAACACGA